AGUCGAAUGAUAUGGACUGCAAUUCAAUGAUCCAAAUAUCAAGCAAAAUUUGGUCUUUCAUGUACAUCUGGAAAUCAAUCAAAGAUGCGGUUUCAGCAAUAUCAACAAAAGCUGAUACAGACACGGUUCCAAAAGACAACCUCAGACCGAAUUAUAACUGCGUUCCAAUACUCCUGUCUCAAACUACUUUGACUCGAGCAAUUCCACUCGUGAAAACAUUGAUAGUUUUGUUGUUUGGGACCGGACUCAGUUCUGCGUUCAGUUGCUGCCUAAGUACUUCAAGCACAGCAAUUUCUCUAGCUUCGUUAGGUAACUCAAUAUCUAUGUGAGUAGUACCCCCAUCCCCCCCCCACCCCCUUCUUCUCCUCUUUGAUUGCUCAAUUGGGAAGCCUUUUGUUCUUCUAAUUUUUGUUUAGGAUUUUGGAUUUUUGGAUUUGGGUUUUUAAUAUGUUUUUUGGUAAUUGUUCCUUAACCCUAAUAACUCUUUGUUGCUAUUGUUUCAUCUGUUAAUGCUAAGAUUUUGCGACUUAAAUCAAUUGGGAUUUUAUUUUUAUUUUUUAUUUUUGUUCGAUUUGAAAUUGGGUUUUUGUCUUUGAGAGUUUUCCUCUUUUGUUGUUCACAAAUCUUUGUUUUUCUUGCACAUUUGCUGCUUGGUUAAUGCUAAUGGGAUGUAGAAUUAUGGAUAGUUCUUUUCUUGCACAGUUACUGUCCUUCAAAAAGCUUUAAUUCAAAAUUUGUGUGAAGAGCUAGUGUAGAUGUCUUUAGGUGGGUGGCUCUACCCGUCUCUAUAGAGUUGAUAAAACUUUGCUACAUUAUGGUAUGUUGGAGAGGAGGGAGGCGAAUCUUAAGUAUUAGAGUGGAUAAAAUGAAGCUAUUGUAGAGUCAAGAGUUUUUACUUUCUUUUCUCUCAUUUGUUUGUAUUAGUGUGCAGAAAAUGUGUGAUUAGUUUAUUGACUUUAUUCUUCAUUCUCUUCAUUCUCUGAGAGUGGUUAUUGAGAUUGAGUUACUGAGAGAAUUAGGAUGGAACAUUAAAAAAGAGAAAUCUUAUGUUAUAGCUAAUGUUUAGAAUUUUCAUUUUAAGCUAUAACUUAGUAAUCCAGCAGACUUCCAUUUGAGCAUUGUUUAAUAAUUAAUUUAAAGAUACUGUUGUUUUGGUCUGUUAAGUGAUUCUAUUACUCAGAAAUGUAUGCUCAAGUUUUGUGUUUUAUGCUGAUCAUUAAUACAGUAGUUGACUGUUU